AUGGCAGAGCCUAUCACAAGUGUCAGUGACUUGGUUACUGCGCGCACAUGGCCAUCGUCCGGAUGUGAAGGACUGGACCACCAAGAUACUCCUGUCGGCGCUCUCGUAACCCUCGUGCUCAAGAAACACUCAUCAGCAUCUAGCGUGACUGAGUAUGUCACCAUUGAUGAGCCUUCAACAUCAAACAGCGAGGAGCUCAUAGAGAAUGGAGACACGGCACCUCUGACCCCUCAAUCAGAUGCGCAGAGGUUGGCAGCCCUCGUCAGAUUGAAGAUGGUCACAGAUGAGCUUCUUCAAGAUCGUCUGUCGUCCUACUCAGAGAACAGUCACGGUGGACAUGAUCAAUCAUCCCCGACAAGCCCCAGAGACAGUACAAACCCGUCGAUGCACCCAUCAGACCUCAUACACAUCGACUCAAUACUCACCCAAGACGAGGCUCUCGAAGUAAAAGCCACGGCACGUUUGCGAAAACGCCAGACGUUGAGGUCGAGGAUGAGAAAAGAGCACUUUCAAUUUGCGUUGGAAGAUGGUGGGGAAAGGGUCGGGAUGUUGAGGGUUGAGACCCAGCAACAUUCUGGCUGUAAACAAAUGCCAGGGCGGAUGUGA